AGAACUGCUCGCUGCAAUGUGGACAUACGUAACGCGGCGAGCACACAUCUCGUGGAUAUCGUACUUUAGAUAAGUUGGGACCUGCAGGAUAGGGAGGCAGCGUGUCGAAUGGGAACGCUUGCCCAGGUGGCCAUGAGAAAUGUUGAACUUUUGAAGGUAGCGUUACUGUUUCCAGCGGCUUCUCCUUCAUUAUUACCACUGAAACAUAAGACUUUGAUAGGAAUGUAUAUCAGAACUCUGGCCUUACUUCAUAGAAACGUCAACAGUCCAUGA